UUUUGUAGUCGGUUUGUGUAAAAGGGGGGUGGGAGGUUAUUGCUGUGGAUGCUUGUGGGCAAGGAUGGAUACCACUCAGGGUGAGAGCCUGGAUGCCUUGGAGAGGAUUGAAAGGUGUUGAGUUGUUCAUUUCCUGCAGUGAUCACACUGUUGAAAAGGGGAGUGAGCAGUGCUGUAGGUGAAAAAUGAGGUGCCAGCUGUUGCUAACACCAUUUGCUUUAUUUUAGUGGGCCGGAUGUCCUGUUUGUUUACCUUGGUAAGGUGUUGGUUGUCCUUCCUGCAGUUUAGUUUUGUUUGUUUUAUGACAGGGUCCUUACUUAUUUGACUUUUUUAAUUAGUCCUUAAUUUUUGUAUAUUGCCAUUUUCCCUGCUGUGGGGUUGAAAUGUUAAAUGAAGAACAGUUUAUGAAUAAAAUGAUGGUGAUGAUAGCCUGUCACCUGCUGGCAUGGUUUUCUUUACCAACUUGGCUAUGUGUCUUUUCUUAUUACUUAGUUCUGCAUUAGUGAUAACAUAGAAGAGUUAAUGACAGCUUGUACUUCCCACAAGGAAUGUUCACAUUUGUCAUUCUGGCACAAGAGACCAUCAUCAUACACUGACCUUCAUUUCUGCUGAUUGGGUCUCGUAUCUAGGCAUUCCUCAAGUAUGUCUGCUCAAAUGAAAAGCUACACAACUACAGAAUCUCUUUAUAGGAACACUUAAGUACAACUCAACAUAAUUGUUGGUUGGGGUUAGAGCUGGCUAGGAGGUUGUACAGAGAUGGCUAACAAGACAAAUUCAUCCAGUUUUACUUACGAUUUUGAAUAUUACAUGGAUUAUUUAGAUCUACUUCCAGUUGAUGCAAGAAAGUUGAAGGCAAACAGAUUAUUUGGAGUUUCAGGAGGGUGUCCUCACUUAAAGCACUGCAGCCCCUAUUACUUGGGAAAGAAGCCUUCCUUGAGUGGACAUUCAAUUGUCAUAGCCCUUUGGAUUGGGCUUGCUUCUUUUGUGGCAUUUCUUUUCCUUAUUUUGUUCUAUAUAUCUCGGUCUGGUUCUACACCCGUGAAGUCUCUGCUCCUUAAUUAUCCACCCCCACAAAGGCUCAGGAAAGGGAAAAGUGAUUAGGAAUGUCUCCAACAGAUCUGAUAAAGAUGAAGAAAGAAGGAAAAAACCACAUGAUGCUGCAAACAGAGACACAAAAAUCUAAAUUCCAGAUAUGCCAGUAUUUUGUGACACUGCUAAAUAUAAUACACAUUUCUUACUUUAAACGGAUUAAACCAUUUUCAUCAUUUUUCUGCAUUCAGAUUGUGACUUCUUAUACAGUCACAAGAAGUCACAUACUGAAUGUAGAAAAAAAGAUGCUUCACUUGCUUGUCUGUAUCUUAU